AUGGAGGCGGCCACAUCCUCGUCGGUGAUGGCGCCCGCGCCCGUCUCUCCCAGCGAUCCGCACGAGCUCGUCCUGCUACCGUACCGCGGCGAGCAGCAGCUGCCCGAGAUCAACGAGCUCAUCGAAAAGGAGCUUUCGGAGCCCUACAUCAUCUACACCUAUCGCUAUUUUGUCAACCAAUGGCCACACCUUUGCUUCGUCGCCUAUGCGAGAGGAACAGGGACGGCCCGAGUGGAUGGCAUCGCGCCGGAGGACCUCGACCCGACCUCGCCCGAGCAUAGGAGGCAUCUCUUUCCCGUCGGUGUCAUCGUCAGCAAGCUCGACCGCCACCUCAAGGGCAAGCGCCUAAUGCGCGGCUACAUUGCCAUGCUCAGCAUACGAGAAGAGUGGCGAGGAAGGGGCAUCGCGAAACGCCUGAUCCGCACAUCGUUGGACGAGAUGAUCCGCGGAAGCGCACAGGAGGUCGUGCUGGAAACAGAAGCAGACAAUCAGGCGGCGCUGUACCUGUACGAAAGCUUGGGCUUCAUCCGCGAGAAGCGACUGCAUCGCUUCUAUCUCAACGGCAAGGACUCGUUCAGGCUGGUCCUACCGAUACCAGAGGAGCUGCUCGCACCGAUCGAGGAUGGGCAAACGAGCGAAACUGGCGGAUUACCUUACACCAUGCCCAGCGGAGCGAUCCUCUAG